AUGCGUCUGCGCGCUAGGUAUGUUAAGGAAAGAACCUACUACGACUCUGCGUCCGACGAAUGCGACGUCGACCCUGAGCCUGACGAUGCUCUUCUCCAAAAGUCCUCAGAGUCGGAUAAUGACGCUCUUUCACAGUUUUCGGAUGACGAUACUGUCUGUGUCGUUGUCGGCCAAGAACCAAAUCUAAAAAAGUUCUUCGUGGACCCGUACCGCAUCUGUUAUUGUAGCAAGUUCUUCCGGAAUGCUUUAAGAGGGGGAUGGAAUUCAGCACAGACUCUCGAGGUCACUCUGAAAGAAGAGAACCCUAGGAUAUUUGCUUGGUAUCUGGACACACUCUAUAAUGGCACCAAGCUAUCCUUCCAAGGCCAGCCGUGGUCAUUCCAGCCCAUGAGCGAGCUCUACGUCCUCGCCGAGAUGCUCAUGGACGACUCCACUAAGAAAUCUAUCCUGGCAGCCAUUCGGAAACGAUGCGAGAGCCCUCAAUUCGGCCACUCUCUCCCGGAGCCAUCUGCAGUACGUACCAUCUACGACGGUACACCCGAGUCGAGUCCCGCGCGUCGUUUAAUGGUUGACAUCUUCUCCCAACGUGCAAGUAAAGAGCGCAUUGAACACUGGACGACGGAGAACCUGCCGAAAGACUUCCUCCUCGAUCUGUCGGUCAAUCUCAUCGCCCAGCGUCCCCUUCCCGAUGACGAUAAUAGGGGUCACGAUGAGGGCAAGAAUGCUAAGAAGCGUGCAGCCGAAGAAAGUGACGACGAGUUAGCCCUCUAUCUUGACUCGCUAGAAUCGCCUCCAAAGGUGAAGAAGAGGCUCAAGUUGCGUGUCGGCGGCCGUGAUAGCCUCGCCUUUCUUGAUCAGUACUCUGCGGUAGCCGAUGCACAUUCAGGAAACACAAAGACGAAGGUCGCUCUUGGUUCCCAACACGACACCGCAUACAUCAGGGCUGAGCGCACAGCCGAAUGGCAGACAAACAUUAGCAACCUCCAAGGUGGUCGUCCUCUUAAGCCGCAGAUAAUGACCGAUGACGGUAGGAGUUGGUUCGAAACCACAUGA